CACUGAUGGGCACUGAAAGGCUGCACUGAUACAUGGCACUGAUAGGCAGCACUGAUACAUGGCACUGAUAGGCAGCACUGACUGGCACUGAUGCGCACUGAUAGGCGACACUGACUGGCACUGAUAGGUGGCACUGAUUGGCAGCACUGAUAGGUGGCACUGAUAGGCAUUGAUAGGUGGCACUGUCUGGCACUGAUGGGUGACAUUGAAAGGCAGCUCAGAUGGGCACUGAUAUGUGGCAUUGAUGUGCACUGGUAUGCACUGAUAUGUGGCACUGAUGGGCACUGGCACGUGGCACUGAUGAGCACUGACAGGUGGUACUUCUGGGGCCACACUGAUCAUCAGGGCACACUGAUCAUCAGUGCGCUGAUGAUCAGUGACUGGGUCUUGGCGGGCGGAAAGUAU